UCAUUUACAUUCAUGCCUUACGUCCUUGCCUGAGAAAGGAUGGAAGGAAGAGGAAAUACCACGUCCGGCAUUGGAUGCCAUAUUUGUGGUUUAGUAUUGGCUAGAGGAGGAAGUGUUCGUGUUCCGAGGAAAAAUGUGCGUUCCAUUGCCGGCCUGCCACUGCUGGCUUGGGUAUUACAUCCAAUGCUAGACUGUAAAAGGUUAACAUCAGUCUGGGUAUCGACAGAUGACACUGAAAUAGCAGAAGUUGCAUUAAGGUAUGGUGCUCAAGUGCAUUAUAGAGAUAAAAAGACUGCUAAGGACUGCAGUUCAUCGCUCAUCGGAGUUCAAGAGUUUCUGCUGAAACAUCCAGGUAAGCAACCAACGUUUCUGAUUUAUUUUUCAUAUUUUCUUUACUACUGCUACCAGAUGGAAUUUGAUUUAGUAACUCACAGAGAAAUAAGGCAGAAGUUAAAUAGGAAAAGCUGGAAAAGCAGCAACAGAGAUAUUACUCUUCCUACAGAUCACGAAGUUCAUUAUAUCAUCAAAGCCUUAGCAGACAAAAAAGCACCAGGUCCCGAUGGCAUAGAUAAUAUCAUUGUUAAAGAAAUUCACAAAGAAUUCCCAGGAGAAAGCACAGAACCACUGAAUUUUAACCCACGCCAGCGCCCGAGAAGCCAAGAUUGGAAUGGUGAACUCGUGGAAAGUGGUCAUUUUUAUGUCAGCAGGGUGUCGCUCAUCAAAGAAAACCUCCUGCAAGGAAAAAGAUGUGGUUACGUUGAAAUGCCAGAAGAACUCUGCAUUGACAUUGAUUCCGAAACAGACUGGAUCAUCGCCGAGAAACUUCUAGAGCUGUAUGGUUACCGCAAGAAUGUGAAUGAAUUGAAGGAAUAUUACGUAUAAUAUUAAAACAAAACACCAAGAGAAGUAAAAAAAAAAACAUUUAACAUUACGCCACACAAAAAUUGCUUUAUUUUAUACGACAAUAAUCACAUUUUCUUCCUCUUCUAAGUAGUUAUAUUAGUGCUUCAACACUUAAAUUCCCGAAGCUACCUUCAACAUAUUUCUCACUCAGAAUUUUCCAUUUUAAAAUGAUAAAUUCUUAAACAAUUUAUCUUCUUCUCAUUAGAUGCAAGAAACACUUGAACACGGCAGCUGUAAUUAGUAAUUAGAAAUUAAUUAAAUUUCGAAUAAUGGUUUAUUUUCUAAGAAAAUAUAAAAUUUCUAAGCAAUAUUUAAUUUUCUAAGAAAAUAAAUCAGGUAAAAUAAUUGUAAUAUAUUGGCAAAAGCUAACAUUUUAUUUUAAAUGAAAUAAGAGCAUUUAGACAAAAAGUUGCAUUUUGGUAAGUUAGAGCGUUUCAGAAUGUGCCAAAUGAAAUGUUUUUAUUGAAUUUAUCUUUUCAUCCCAUGUAAUUCUGGAACGUGCUCGAAAAGAAAAAAUGGCAGAAAAUAAAAAUUACCGUUUUAGCAAUUAAGUAUGAUAUUCCUUUCAUAAUAACCUUGAGACAAAAUAUAAGUUGAAAUGAAAAAAAAGCACCUGUAAUUUUUUUUUUCUCAUAUCUCCUAUACAAAAAUGUCUAAAAUGGCUCAUUUCAAUUCGCAGUGCCAGCUAAUUUUUAUCCACAGAUAUUUCACUUUUUCCAUUGAAAAAAAAAAAAAAAAAAUGUUUUAAAUGCCUUCCCUGAAUUCAUAUCAACAAUUUCAAUUUUUCCCUUAAUGUAAAAUGCAUUACUGAAUUCUUACCACCAGUUUCUAUUUAUUCAAAGGUUUUCUUCUUAUGUUCUUAAAGAAAAAGUGUUCUAGGUGCCUUAUUUAAUUUCGCAGUUUUGUUAAAACUUUUUUUUUCUUUCUUUAAAAGUAUUAAAUUAAUUCUAUUUAUCCAAAUCGUUUUCCUUCAAAUGAGAGGUUUAAAAAAAAAGAAAAAGGAAAAAAAAAAAAAAAA